AUCAACCGUUUUGCUCUCAGUCAGUUGUGAACCUUCGAAGGGAUAAUAUGGAGACAAAAUUGGAAGCAAUCGAUGUAACUGAAGCAAUGAAGUCGUUACUAUGGAACAAACAAUUACUGAAAUAUGUUGGAAUUUGGCCACUCGAGAUAUCUAAUGCCCUUUUUUUCUUUUUUUUUAUUUAUUUAAUCCUACAUUGUUCAUUGACAUUUGCCGAAUUGACACAUCGUAAACACAGUCUGGGAGAUGUCAUGUCGAUUUUCACCGAAAAUAUUUUACUUCUAAUGACCCUAACUAAAAUAACAACAUGCUGGCUUAACAGAGAAUCGUUAGGACAUUUGCUCAUCGAAUUAGAUGAUAAUUUCAUCGUCCAUAAUUACAAUACUCUCGAGAAGAGAUUCAUUUUCAUGAAGUAUACCAAAUUGGCGAAAUAUUAUUUUUUAAUAGCGGUUACCUCGAUGUCUGUUGCCGUUGGAUUGUAUUACGUAAAUGAGAUGAUACCGAACGUUAAAAUUGCAAUAGGAAAUUCAUCAACGGGCUAUAAACUACCCUACAAAACACGAAAUAUCGUUGAUAUAAGUGAUAUGAGAGUCUACAUUUGUCUCUGCCUUUAUCAAACCUUAGUAGUACCCGUUAUUACACUAGGUUACGUCGGAUUCGAUUGUUUGUUCACCAAUCUUGCUUUUCAUAUUACCGCACAAUUUGGAAUUCUAAGUUACACGAUCAAAGAAAUUCUUGACGAUCCUAACGAUUUUCAAUGUAAUAUGAAGAAACUUGUACUUCGACAUUACAAAUUGAUAAGACAAGCAGAAACUUUGGAAGACAAUUUUAAUGUAUUAAUAUUACAACAAUUGAUGGGAAGUACGUUCCAACUUUGUAUAUCUGGUUACAAUACACUUUUGGAUUCAGUAAAGAAAGAAGGAUUAACAGUGGUCAUAUUUUAUUCGUAUGCUUUUUGUGUAAUGAGUACAUUGUUUACUUAUUGUUAUAUCGGCGAGUGUCUUAUUCAAGAAAGUUCGAGUCUGAGUACCGCAUUUUAUCGUUACGAGUGGUAUAAUGUGUCACCGCUCAACUUAAAAAUGGUAAAAAUUUGCAUGUUGCGAAUGAGGAAACCACAGCAACUAACUUCCGGUAAAUUUUUCGUUCUAUCAUUGGCCUCCUUUACCGACAUUGUCAACCCCUGUAUCAGCGAAAAACAGUUAACAGAUCAAUUCCAUAAUAUCUAUUUUUCUCGUCUAAUGUCACGGAAAAACUUUCAUUUUUCUUCUACUUCGUAAAUAUAUUAUUCAAACGUGCAUUUUUAACUCUUUUUUUUUUUCAAACACGAGUUUACAACGGAGGUUGUUCGAUCUUUUUGCUCUCAGUCAGUUGUGAACCUUC